AUGGCUUCUGAAUCUGAAAACCGCCCUCAAGUCGGCCCCGUGCAGUAUGUAGGGCCACACUACCGCUCACCCAGCCAGAAUCCCAUCGCCACUGUCUCGACGGCGGUAGAACAUGAUAAUGUUAUCACAUUGCCUCAGACACCACAGCUCAUCGCAUUACUCACGAAGAUUCGUGAUAAAAAGACGGAGCGAGCUGACUUUAUUUUCUACUCAAACCGAAUUAUUCGACUACUUGUCGAGGAGGGGUUAAACCAUCUACCGGUUGUUGAGCACACUGUAACUACUCCUGUCGGUCGCACCUAUUCGGGACUCAUGUUCCAGGGGAAGAUCUGUGGCGUGUCUAUUAUGAGGGCUGGUGAAGCUAUGGAACAAGGUCUUCGAGACUGCUGUAGAUCAGUUAGGAUCGGCAAGAUUCUGAUCCAACGAGACGAAGAGACGGCAAAGCCCAGGUUAUUUUACGAUAAAUUGCCCGAAGAUAUUGCUGAUAGAUGGGUCCUGCUACUUGAUCCGAUGUUUGCAACAGGUGGAUCUGCCAUCAUGGCUGUCGAAGUCUUAAAAUCCCGUGGUGUCCCAGAAGAGAGGAUUCUUUUCCUCAACUUGAUUGCUAGUCCAGAGGGAGUCCAAAACUUUGCUACCAAGUUCCCCAAGCUUCGAGUCGUCACAGCAUUCAUUGACCAGGGUCUUGACGAGAAGAAUUACAUCAUCCCAGGCCUUGGUGACUUCGGGGAUCGGUUCUACACCAUGUAA